GGCCUCUCUGGGAUCUCGCGGUGGGGCGGGGUGGGGCCGGUGGCCGGCGCGGCUCAGCGCCCUGGGGUCCUGGAGCGCCGGGGUUUAUAGCGCGUCUGCUGGGGAGGCGGCUGUAGCGGAGAGGCGUGCGGGAUCGGGAUGUCGGGGCUGCCCACGGACCGGGAGCAGAGAGUGCAGGAGCCGCAGCAAGCUGGCUUCGUGCUGGGGCUGGACGUGGGCAGUUCGGUGAUCCGCUGCCACGUCUAUGACCGGGCGGCACGGGUCUGCGGCUCCAGCGCGCAGAAGGUAGAAAGUCUGUAUCCUCAAAUUGGUUGGGUAGAAAUUGAUCCUGAUGUUCUUUGGAUUCAGUUUGUUACUGUAAUAAAAGAAGCAGUCAAAGCUGCAGGAAUACAGAUGAGUCAAAUUGUUGGUCUUGGCAUUUCAACACAGAGAGCAACUUUUAUUACGUGGAACAAGGACUUGGAUGAAUCUGGAAACCAUCAUUCUCAGCAAACUGACCCAAGAACAGAAAGCCAAGCACCGUAUGUUCUCACUCAUAGGAAAACUGGAAAUCAUUUUCACAACUUUAUAAGUUGGCAAGACUUAAGAGCUGUUGAACUUGUAAAAUCUUGGAAUAAUUCUCUUUUAAUGAAGCUAUUUCACAGUUCUUGCCGAGUGCUUCACUUUUUCACUAGAAGUAAACGACUUUUUUCAGCCAGUUUGUUCACUUUCACAACCCAGCAGACUUCUUUGAGAUUGGUCUGGAUUUUACAGAACUUGAUUGAGGUGCAAAAGGCAGUUGAGGAAGAAAAUUGCUGCUUUGGAACUGUUGAUACCUGGCUGUUACAUAAGCUCACAAAAGGUUCUGUAUAUGCCACAGAUUUUUCAAAUGCUAGUACAACUGGACUUUUCGACCCAUAUAAGAUGUGUUGGAGUGGGAUGAUUACCUCUCUAAUUUCGAUACCACUUUCUCUCCUACCUCCUGUGAGGGACACAAGCCACAAUUUUGGAUCAGUGGAUGAAGAGAUAUUUGGUGUGCCUAUACCAAUAGUUGCCUUGGUUGCCGACCAGCAAUCAGCCAUGUUUGGAGAGUGCUGCUUCCAGACAGGUGAUGUGAAAUUAACCAUGGGAACUGGGACAUUUUUGGAUAUUAACACUGGAAAUAGCCCUCAACAGACUAUUGGAGGCUUUUAUCCAUUAAUUGGGUGGAAGAUUGGGCAAGAAGUCGUAUGCUUAGCUGAAAGCAAUGCAGGAGACACUGGUACUGCCAUAAAAUGGGCUCAGCAGUUAGACCUUUUCACAGAUGCUGCUGAGACUGAAAAAAUGGCCAAAAGUUUGGAGGAUUCUGAAGGAGUUUGUUUUGUUCCAUCUUUUAGUGGAUUACAGGCUCCGUUAAAUGACCCCUGGGCAUGUGCCUCUUUCAUGGGUUUGAAGCCUUCCACCAGUAAAUACCAUCUCGUUCGAGCAAUAUUGGAGUCAAUAGCUUUCAGAAACAAACAGUUAUAUGAGAUGAUGCAGAAGGAGAUUCAUAUUCCUGUAACAAAAAUCCGGGCAGAUGGAGGAGUUUGUAAGAAUAGUUUUAUCAUGCAGAUGACUUCAGACCUGAUUAAUGAGAAUAUAGACAGACCUGCUGACAUUGACAUGUCAUGCCUGGGGGCAGCUUCUCUAGCUGGCCUUGCUGUUGGGUUUUGGACUGACAAGGAGGAACUAAAGAAACUGAGACAAAGUGAAGUGGUUUUCAAGCCACAGAAGAAAUGUCAAGAAUAUGAAACGAGUCUGGAAAACUGGGCCAAAGCAGUGAAACGCUCCAUGAAUUGGUAUAACAAAACAUAGCACUAAAUGAAAUGACCAAAGCCAUGGAUGUCUGGUUUAUGUGACGUGCAGAUGAGAUGAAGCUCAGGGAUAACCAAUAUGACAAUGACUGAGAGGAGAACAUUUUAAAUACGUUUCAUAACUUAAGAGAAGAAGAAUUACUUUUAAAAAAAACAAAAAACUCUUAUUUUUUCCCCUAAAUCGUGGUAAGGCAGCAAUACCUCAAAACUUUGUCUUCUAUUUUGUAGCAAAUUCCAAAGGACAUUAGUCAUUUCCAACCAUAUUUUGACAGUUAAGGGUCCGCUUCCUUUUUAUACUGGGUCAGUGGUACAUAGGAACAUAAUGAUUUACCAUGCAAGCUAAUAGUUCUGGGUCAAGCACCAUGCACGUAUUGUUCCAAAAUUAUGUGAAAUGUAUUUCUUUAAUUCUUUAAAAUUAAGCGAGCUAUUUGAAGUACAUAUAGCUAAAAAGAAAGAAUAACUGAGAAAAUGUGGAAUUUUGAAACAUUAAUAUUUUAUGUUUAAAGCCAUAAUUUUCUAAUAUAUCCAAAUAUGAGCUUAAUAUGUCCCUCUCAGAUAAGUUAUGAGUUAGUUAAUGCUUUCCUUUACUGGUCUUAAAGACACUGCCUUAAUUUUUCCUUGUUUAACCAAAAUCUGAGCAUUCUUUCUAUGUUGAAAUCACUGAAAAACUAAUUUUAGUUAGUGAACUAAAAAGAAUAUUGAUUUUUUAAGAAACAGAAAAAUACUACUUAUUUUCUUUCUUAAAUAACAUUUCUUUCAAAAACUUCUGGCUGAAGUAUAACAUGCUGGUAGUUAAGGUAAAUCUUGCCUUUCUCUUGUUCUUUAUCUUCUUUCAUAGUUUAGAGGCUUGUAUAAAUAAUGUCUUUCGUUUUUAUUAAGUGCCUGAUUGACAGAACUUAAUUUGAAGAAAGUGCCCUAAUUUAUUGACCACUUAAGAAUUGCCUUUAUUGGGAUUUUUUUUUGUUCCUGCAUCUCUUUGAUGUUUGUUCAGUCUACUCAUCCCUCUGAGUAUGUGCAGUGGAUAGCUGAGAGGGGAGGAGAGUGUGUCUGUGCUCAGGAUUGCCCUUCAGCCGCUCAGCCAGAGAUCCACAGGGAGCAGCAAGGACAGUCUCACAUUCUCAGACUUUCCUGCAAGAAACAAGAGGAGUAAGUUGUGAGUGGUGUCAAGCUGGAUAUAGAAUUGUCCUAAGGCAGUUGACCCCAUUUUCCAACAUGUUUUCACUUUAUUUGCCCCUCCUACAUUUGCGGUAGGUUCCCUUUGGAUCUGCAGCAAUAAUGACUUUAUUUCUCUCUUGGUUAGGAUUUAUCACAUAAAAUCCUUUUAUUACAAAACUAGGUAUUUUAGUUACAUAAUAAUGUAACUAAAGGAGACACUUACAGAGAAUUUUGUUUUUGCUGUCAUAUAUGUCCAUUUUGGAGACAGAUAUGAUAGAACUAGAAGUUAAAUUGCAUUUCUGCAAGUUCCAUUUAAAUGAACUUCAAGUAUCUUAAUUAUUAAACUUUCUGAUCAAGGCAUUGUAGCAAAUAUAUAAUAUCAUUUAAUCUAUUAAUUAAGAUUUGGAAAUAUUUUUGUUAUUAAUAAAUAGAGGUGUUUUAUUUACUGUAAAAAGUCAAGCCUCAUUAUGUAGAUAAAUCUUUUUAUUCUUUCCCCUGUUUGCAUCCUUUCUAUAAAGCUUAGUCACCAAUUAAAGGCUUCCUGUCAAAAUCACACGGAAGCUGCUCUGCUGUUUCACUGUUACACAUUCUGUUUCUCAGUAAGUGUAAUUUUUUUCUUUUACUUUUUUUUGUAGAGACAAGGUCUUGCUAUGUUGCCCACAGUAGUCUUUAAUUCCUGGCUUCAAGUGAUCCUCCCACCUUGGUUUCCUAAAGUGCUGAGAUUACAGCUGUUAGCCACUGCACUCAGCCAAUAGGCGUUAAUUUCAUAGGAAAUAAUUCUUUUUGUUACAGUAUACUGAAUUGUCAUAUUAAUACCUGAAAAUUUGUUAGUUCACUUCUUUUCCAUGUUCUUCUUUCCCAACAUAUAACCACAAAGUAAAGAAUAAAUACUUUGGGUUGGGCAAAGUGGCUCACGCACUUUGGGAGGCCAAGGUGGGCAGAUCAUUUGAGGUCAGGAGUUCAAGACUAGCCUGAUGAACACGGUGAAACCUUGUCUCCACUAAAAUACAAACAUUAGCUAGGUGUGGUGGCACAAUCCUGUAAUCCCAGCUACUUGGGAGGCUGAAGAAGGAGAAUUGCUUGAAUCUGGGAGGUGGAGGUUGCAGUGUGCGGAGAUCAUGCCAUUGCACUCCAGCCUGGGCAACAACAGCGAAACUCCAUCUCAAAAAAAAAAAAAAAAAAGAAUUAGUACUUUUCAGAUAAUGUUGGAAAGUAACUUUGAAUGUCUCUUAUUGGAAUUGAACAUCUUCUCAGUAUCAGUGGCUAUUUUUUUCUUCUGUGAAUCUAAAAACUAAUAUUUUAUUUUUAAUAUUUCUGGUCAUUUUUAGUGACAGAGUUUAGUAAAUAUUUUGUCAGACUUAACCAAUAUCAGAAACAUGACCACAUUUGCUUUUGCGGUUGCAGAAACAGUUGAUAAGAUCAAUUAAGCAACAAAAUUGUCCCUUUUUUUUUUUUUUGGAGACAGGGUAUUGCUCUGUCACCCAGGCUGGAGUGCAGUGGCACAAUCUUGGCUCACUACAACCUCCACCUCCUAGGCUCAAGCAAUCCUCCUGCCUCAGCCUUCCAAGUAGCUGGGAUUAUAGGUACAUGUCACCAUGCCCAGCUGAUUUUUAUAUUUUUAGUAGAGAUGGGGUUUUACCAUGUUGGCCAGGCUGGUCUCAAACUCCUGACCUUGUGAUCCACCCACUUCAGCCUCCCAAAGUGCUGGGAUUACAGGUAUGAGCCACUGCGCCUGGCCUAUCUAUCUUCCAAGUUUAUUUUUCAUUUGUAUGCUAAUAUUUAAAGUUUAGAAAAAUGUGUGCUAUUUCUCAGCAUGUUUUAUUUUCCCUUUAUGGAUCUAUCACGUAUUUUUAGGAGGUCUGCAGCUAUCUCAUCAAGGAGGAGAAUGUUCCUGUUCAGUCUAUCUUAAAGUGCUACUAAUUGCUUUUAUAAUAUAGACUUACUGAUUUUUUCAUCUUUUAUAUCCAACUAUGGCAUGAUUUCCCAAUCUCAUCACUGACAUUUUGGACUGGCUAAUUCUUUAUUUUAGGAUGCUAUGCUGUGUGUGAAAGGAUGUUUAGCAGUAUCCCUGACCUCUGCCCUCUAGCUACAAGAAGCAUCCCCUUAGUUGUUAUAACCAAAAAUGUCUUCAAACAUUGCCACUCUUGAGAGGCAAAAUUGCCCCCAGUGAGAGCCACUGACACAGGCUGUUAGAAGAAAAUUGAAGACUCAGUGACUAUAGUGUCAUACCACUUUUCUUUUUGCCUCAUUUUACCUUGAAAUGGCUGUUAGCAAAAAAAAGAGGUAGUCAUGUCUUGAAAUAAAUAGGGUUUCUAUUUUGCUGAUUAACGAAGAAAAAAAUUCUCAGCCGGGCAUAGUGGCUCACACCUGUAAUCCUAGCACCUUGGGAGGCCAAGGCAGGCAGAUCACUUCAGCUCAGGAGUUCAGCCUGGGCAACCUGGUAAAUCCCCAUUUCUACAAAAAAUACACAAAUUAGCUGGGUGAUAGUCCCAGCUACUUGGGGGGCUGAAGUGGGAAGAUCACUUGAGCUCCAGGAAGUGGAGGCUGCAGUGAGCCAAGAUCGUGUCACUGUACUCUAGCCUGGGUGACAAAGUAAGACCCUGUCUAAAUAAAUAAAUAACUCAUGCUGUAAUUGUCUUCUGAUGUUUUCAUCCACCCAGCACCACCUCUGCAGCUUUAAUUACUGGAGUAGGGCCAUGAUUUCAGUGUAGGGUUAAUGUAUUCUGCAGAUCAUGUUUUAUUUGACUUGCUUUUUUGCUUCCUUUUCAUGUCUGAACAAAGGAGAUGACGAUUCUCUUUAAUCUGCCUUCUGUGCAAACCUCUACCAGACUGGAAGCUCCCUGAAAGCAGGAACUUUCCGCUUCCCCAGAACUUAGCACUGUGCUUUCAUGUUUGUGUAAUGAAUUUUUACUUUAUGUCUGUUAGUGCAACUUUGUUUGUACACAUUUUAUCCUUAAUAUUACAUACAUUUGUUGAUAGGGAGCAAUUUAUAUUUCUUGUGAGUAAAAUGUUUCUGUUGAAUUAAGAAGAACUACUCUGUAGUGAGAGCUAGAAUCUUCAUAUUGUUUAUUUAAAAUUUUUGGCCAAGCACAGUGACUCAUGCCUGUAAUCCCAGCACUUUGGGAGGCUGAGGCCAGAGGAUCACUUGAAGCCAGGAGUUUAAUUACAGCUUGGGCAGCAAAGUGAGACCUUGUCUCUACAAAAAAAUUUUUUAAUUAGCCAGGUGUGGUGGUAUGCCUCUGUAGUCCCAGCUACUCGGGAGACUGAAGCAAGAGAAUCUCUUGAACCCAGGAGUUGGAGGCUGCUAUGAGCUAUGAUUGAGCCACUGCACUGCGGCCUGGGCAACAGAGCAAGGCCCUGUCCUAAACAAUAAAUAAAAUUCUCAAUAUGUUUAUAUAUUUGAAAAAAUAUUUGUGUAGAGAUGCACAUCUGUAAAUACACAUAGUGAUACUAACUUUUUAAGGUUUAAUUGAAGCCUUUCUCUUCACAGGUUGUAUAUAAUUGACUGCAGAUGACUAGCAGAUUGAGUUUUAAGAGUGCCAAAUGUUCUGGUGCUAUAGGGAAGGAACUUCAUAAAUAGCCCCUCCUAUAAGGGAACAGUUUUUAAUUUAAAAUAGUCCAGCUCAGGAGUCUGGCAAGAGUUUUUUAAUUAUUUGAGGAGAGAUGUCGAUGUACCCUAGAGUUCUUUGACUUUAAGUUAUUUUAGAGUCAUCCCAGAGAUGGCCUAGAAGGCCCAUUGAAUCUACCCCAGAGGAUUCUGAAUCCCUUUGGGAAAUUUAGACUAUGGUUGCCAGUAAGAAUUAUAAAAGCCCCAGGACAGGCUUGGUGGCUCACACCUGUAAUUCUAGCAAUUUGUGAGGCCCACGCGGGAGGAUCACUUGGGCCCAGGAGUUUGAGACCAGCCUGGGCAACAUAGUGAGACCCCUAUCUCAAUUAUAAAAAAGAGAGAGAAAGGCCAGGUGCAGUGGCUCACGCCUGUAAUCCCAGCACUUUGGGAGGCCAAGGCGGGGUGGAUCACACAAGGUCAGGAGUUCAAGACCAGCCUGAUCAAUGUGGUAAACCCCGUCUCUGCUAAAAAUACAACAAUUAGCUGGGUGUGGUGGUGUGUGCCUGUAGUCCCAGUGACUUGGGAGACUGAGACAGGGGAAUUGCUUAUCCCAGAAUGUGGAGGUUGCAGUGAACUGAGAUUGCCCCACUGCACUCCAGCCUGGAUGACAGAGCAAGACUCUGUCUCAAAAAAAAAUAAAAAAGGGAAAGAAAAAGCAUGCACUCGCAAGAGAAAAAAAGCCCCAAACACACCUUGGACCUUUACAGCCUACUUGUUCCCAGAAUCAUCUUAUUGUAAACCCAAAGCCAGGUCAUCUGGUUCAAACCAGUCAAAAUGGGUAAUCUAAAAAAGUUAAAUAGAUGAUUCAAAAAUCUUGUUUUUUUUUUUUCUUUUUAAAUCCUCUUUUCAAGAAAAAGGAAUUAUAUUGUUUUUGUUUUUUAAGUUUUGGAGCCUCAUAGCCAUAAAUAUUUUGGCACCAGCAUCUCUUGACACCUAAGUAAUUUGGCUGUAUUGUUAUCAUAUUCCCAUGGGACCUUUGUUCCUAGAGGAAUGCAGAAAUGAUUUGGAGUGAGAAGGACAGAGACAAGUGCUUGCAAAAUCAGAUAUUUCUGAAAUUCUCUGUUAUUUUAACUGUCUUUCCCCGCUUUGCCAUAAUUCUGGUCUGUUACCAAAUGGCUGUGUUUAGACAGAUAACUGUGGUGUUUAAGAAACAGAUAAUAUAGGGACUCCCAUUAAAUGAGUCUUACCUUUAUAAAAACUGCCAGACUUUUCCAGUCUAGCUGUACCAUCUUAUAUUCCCACCAGCAAUGUGUGAGUGAUCCAGUUUCUCUGCAUGCUCACCAGCAUUUGGUGUUGUCACUAUUUCUUAUUUCAGCCAUUCUGUUUAUCCUUUUCAGUGAAAUUUCUGUUCAUAUCUUUUGCCCAUUUGCCAUUUAAGGCAGGAGGAUCACUUGAGCCCAGGAGUUUGAGGCUGCAGUGAGAUAUGAUCGCUAAAUGUUUGCUAAAUGAGCCAUAUCUUUAAAUAUCUUAAAAGUUUUAAAAAUCUGUCCAGUGGUUUAUGUCAUAAUGUGGGAAAUCUUUCCAGGCAAAGUGUACAUAGUAUUUUGAAUAUAUUGACAAUGUACUGAGCCCAAGAGUUCUCAUAUUCUUUCUUUGCUCAUUAUAGAAUAUGAUACUAAUACUGUAUAAUAGUAAAUUUUCAAAGAUACCUUUAUACAGAUAUAUACUUUGUACAUAGUUAUCAUAAUAUUUCUAAACUUUUUAUUUAAAAUGAGCUGAUUUGUGUAAAGGUUUCAGAAUGAUUUUGUUAAUAAGUAAUUAGAAACUUUCCUAUUUGUGCAAGAUAGUAUCGAUUCCAAUUUGUAUGACUCAGUAAAUUUAUAAUUGUAUUUCUCUGAUGUUCUUAAUGAGUUUUUCAGUUUUAUUAAAUUAUCAUUAAGAACCUUAUAAAUCAUUGUUAAGAUCUAUAUAGAAAAUCAAGGAUACACAGUAAUAGAAAUAUUUUUCUUUUUUUUUUUUUUUUGAGACGGAGUUUCACCCUUGUUACCCAGGCUGAAGUGCAAUGGCGCGAUCUCGGCUCACUGCAACCUCCACCUCCUGGGUUCAGGCAAUUCUCCUGCCUCAGCCUCCCGAGUAGGUGGGACUACAGGCACGCGCACCAUGCCCAGCUAAUUUUUUUGUAUUUUUAGUAGAGACGGGGUGUCACCAUGUUGACCAGGAUGGUCUCGAUGUGUUGACCUCGUGAUCCACCUGCCUCAGCCUCCCAAAGUGCUGGGAUUACAGGCGUGAGCCACCGCGCCUGGCCAGAAAUAUUUUUCAUCUGCAUAUGAAUUUUCUCUUCCCCUUUUGUCUGCUUUUAGAUUUAAAAAAACAUUUACCUGGACAUUCUUAUUAAAUACUAUUACCUGUUUUGGUUUCUGCACAUUAAGAAAGUCACAGAGAAGCUGGACAUGGUGGCAUGCUCCUCUAGUCCCAGCUACUCAAGAGGCUGAGGCCAGAGAAUCGCUUGAGCCCAGGAGCUCGAGGCUAGCCUGGGCAACAUGGCGAAACUUUGCAAAAACAAAAACAAAACAAAAAACAACCAGAGAAAGAGCAUUUGUUAACUACAGUUGUGACUCUAGGUAAAUUUGGGCCUUAAUAUGGUUAGACAAGAAGGGUUUUAUGUAACCUUACCUUUUCAGAUCCUAUUUUAUUAUUCUACAUUCUACAUUCUUGCACAAAGGAAAUUACUAGAGAAGAAGAUUCUUUGUGGUGGGGAAAAUAAAAUUUGUUGUGAAAAUAUACUGUAUUUUAAAAUAUUUAGAAAGAUUAUAAAUAACUGGAGAACAGAUAAUUUCAUAUAAGAAUAUGAUGGGAUUAGCCUAGAAGAUGUUAAAAAUCCUUUCUAAAAAUUAUACUCUAAAUUUAUUUGGGAAACUACAAUGAAACAGUGAAUAAGCUGUACGUGUUGGUGUAUUAAAGCAAUUUUUAUUUUG